CGCGCCCUGACCUGAGCCCUCGGUUGCUAGGAGACGAGGGAGCGAGCGGUGCCCCCGUGAAAGCGGCCCGGGCGGCCGCGCGCGGGGAUGAUGCUGGACCAGGACAGCGGGCUCUCCCUCGUCAUCGCGCACAUCGUGCAGAGACUCAAGGGCUCCAGCCUCCACUCCCAGCUGGAGCGACAGGCGCGGGUUAGUCUACACAAGCCAGAAAUUAAACUUGAAUCACUAAAAGAAGAUAUUAAGCAAUUUCUGAAAGAAUCAGGAUGGGAAAAGAAGCUUCAGAAUGCUGUUUACAGUGAACUCAAUGUGUUCCCUUCUCCCUGUCAUCCAGCGGCUCCCGCUGAGCAAAUGAAGGAACCAUUAGCUUAUAUGAGGAAGGCACAGGGAAGCUGGGAGAAGCGAAUUCUGAAGAGCCUGAAUAGCAUGUGCACAGAACUCAGUAUCCCAUUAGCGCAGAAGCGACCCAUAAGUGAGCAAAAAGAACUUCUUAAUAAAUGGAAUGAAAUGGGAACUGAUGAGCCAGAUCUAAGUCUUUUCCGACCAGUAUAUGCACCUAAAGAUUUUCUUGAGGUGCUGAUGAACCUCCGCAAUCCAAAUUAUGAAAAUGGGGAUCAACCUAGUUCUAGAAAUCACCUGGGUCUAAUUCAAGUACCUUUAAAAGUUAAAGAUAUUCCUGAACUGAAAGAAUAUUUUGGUGAACUAGACUUGAAUACAGGACAACUGGGCAUUGAUGAUUCUGCACAAGUACCACCUGAACUCUUUGAAAAUGAGCAUUUACGUAUUGGGCAAAAAGUUUUAACAGAACAAGACAGUGCUGCAGCUCAACAGUAUGUUCGCCAGGGGUGUCCAACAGCACUCAGAGCUGAAUUGUGGGCACUCAUUCUGAAUAUUUCAAAUCAACCUGAGGAUAUUUUGUAUUAUGAGCAGCUUAAGUCAAAUGUGGUUCAGCAUGAUCUUUUAGUGGACAGCCUGAUUUACAAGGAUGUAAAGCUGACAGCAAGCAAUGAUGACUACUACUUUGUAUUUGAGGAUUAUCUAUAUCAGGUAUUACUCUGCUUUUCCCGCGAUACAUCAGUACUGGAGCACUUUACUUACAGCAGUGCUACCCCACCCAAGUCAUACAUACGAGGAAAACUUGGAAUGGAAGAAUAUGCUGUUUUUUACCCACCAAGUGGUGUAAUUCCUUUUCAUGGCUUUUCAAUGUAUGUUGCUCCACUUUGUUUUCUGUACCAUGAACCUUCCAAAUUGUAUCAGAUAUUCCGUGAGAUGUAUGUGCGUUUUUUCUUCAGACUCCAUUCCAUCUCUUCUCACCCCUCUGGAAUUGUGUCGUUAUGCUUGCUGUUUGAGACCCUUCUUCAAACCCAUCUCCCACAACUCUUUUACCAUCUUCGAGAAAUUGGGGCGCAACCACUACGAAUAUCAUUUAAAUGGAUGGUACGAGCAUUUUCUGGUUAUUUAGCAACAGACCAACUCCUACUUUUAUGGGACAGAAUCCUAGGAUACAACUCAUUAGAAAUUCUUGCUGUCCUGGCAGCUGCUGUGUUUGCUUUCCGAGCAGUGAACCUGAUGGAGGUGACAUCACUGGCUGCAGCUGAAGCUGUACUUGCUGACCUUUCGACCCUGAAGGUUAUGCCUCUUCUUCAAAUCUUCCUGUUUGCCACUGUCACUUGAUCUACUCCAAGGCCACUGACACCACAUACAUCUCCAGUCUUUCACUAGAAACUAAUAAUGAACUAUGCAAUGUCUGCAUAAAACCAAAAUUAACCGUAUGUAUGAAAGUCAUUUUACAGAUCAUGUGUCUCAUACAGAUAAAUCCAAGGUUUCUCAUGGAUAAAACCAUGGCUUUGAACUCCUAUCCUGUGCAUGCUGCUGAGUUUCAUCAUAACAGCAAUAGAUACAAGUGAUUUGAUGGAGGUGGUUAUUUGUUCACAUAAAUAAUACAAACUAGUAUGUAAAAUGCAUGUAAUAUCAAAUGGAAAAAUAAAGGUAACAUAAUUCUCAAUCUA